CGCAUCAUCACACUGUGUAUGCCGUUAACUAGAAACACUGUGGCUACAUCGCAGGCUAAACGUCUCUCUCUGUUUGUAGCAUAUCGUUACUGCGCUACCUAGUAUCUGUUGCUCAGCCUUGCCUGCGCAGGACUACCCCGCACCAGCCUGCAAGCUGAGUUGUCGCUGCCCGAUCGGGCGAGCCUCGCUUCUGUCCUCGGCGCUCAGCAUCAGCCUGCACUGCUUCACUUUCUCAUGCCGUCUGCACCCUGGCGUUUUGUCCGUAAAUCCAGAUACGACUUCACAGCGAGAACAUGAGGCCGUGGUCAAGAGGGGAAAUAGUCUAUCGCGAUCUCCGCCGUGAAGGGAGGCAGCUUCAUCAAGAGGGUAAUUACGUCAAGGCUGAAAAACGGUUUCGACAAGCUAUUGUUUGCUUACGAAGGGAACCUCAUGGAUACAAUUUAUCGCUCAUGUUUACCACCAAAAGCUUGUUGGGAGCAGCGCUCCACAAGCAAUCCAAGAAUGAUGAGGCAUCCCAGCUACUGCAAGAAGUAGUCACGUAUCGCGGAAAGACACUAGGAAAUAACCACCGAACCACGCUCGAUAGCAAGCAGCUCCAAGCGGAGAUUUUUUACGAUCAACGAGAAUACGACAAGGCUAGGAAAGUGUUUCAACAGACGGCCAAAGGAUUUGAAAGAUUGCUUGGGAUCAAGCACAAGUGCACAGUCAAGAAUUUGAACCUUUUAGGAUGCACACUGUUUGAACUGAAAAGUUACACUGAGGCCAAGGAGGUGUUUCAACACGCAGCCGAGGGAUAUCAAGAAUUGUUUGGGGUCAAACAUAAGUCUACACUCGACAACUUGCACUGGCUAGGACGCACACUGAUUAAACUGAAAUGUUACAAUGAGGCUGGGGAGUUAUUUCAACAAACAUCGGGAACCUGGGAAGCAAUGUUUGGUAACAAACAUGAGUAUACACUCAACACCUUGCGCUGGCUAGGAUGCGCACUGUUUGAACAAGGAAGGUACAUUGAGGCUGAAGAGGUGUUGCACCAGACAAGUAAAGCGCUCGAAUCAAGUCAGAGAGAGCAUGUCGAAGGCAAACUCUCCGAUGAGUUUUGGCUGGGUCGCACGCUUUUCGAACUGAAGAUGUACAGUCAGGCUGAAUCAAUGUUCAGGAAAGCUGCUGAAGGAUACAAGAAGACUUUUGGAGAAAAUCACGAACAGACUAUUCUCAGUUUUGACUGGCUGCGUCACGCUGUCACUCAACUGGAGGACGCCAACAACAAUGGAACUCCUCUUGAUACAUCCGCGCAACUGCAGCAAGACGUCCCGUACACGGACGGUGUUGAUCUAUCCAAGAUUGAGGAUUCUGCACCGUUGGCCCCGACCCAUGGCUCGUCAGGCGAGCAAUUGGGCAAAUUCUUUCUCAACCGAGAUGCCGACAGUGAUGCUUAUUCUGAUCAAGAUAUCGGUCAGAUAUCGAAUCUGUUAAAAGGAGUUUAUCCACAAUGGAGCAAAUCCCCAAGGACAUAUACAGUACUUCGAAUCAUUGACCAACUAUGCAGCUUCAAUGAUCUCCUCCAUGUAGGGUUUUCUGAUUACUGGCUACCGGCUACAGAACGCAGUCUCCCAGGAGUCCUUCCUCAAAGCUCUCGAUUAGCUUUCGUUAGUGUCCAACACCUGGUGCUGUCAAAGUCAGCCUGCGUAGAGAAAGGACAACACUGUCACUUCGAUCAGGGCGAGCCUCUUCCCUUCAAAUCUACCAACAUUCUAGGCAACGGAGCGUUUGGGUUGGUAGACAGAAUUACCAGCACAAUCAGCCAUAAGGAAUACGCGCGCAAACGUGUCCUCAGGAGCGCUAUUUUCCGCGGACCCAGAAAAGAGCACAUGCGUCAAUUGAUCGAUGAAAUCGAAAUCCUAAAGCGCCUCCAGCACCACCACCAUAUUGUCGGACUAAUCGGCAGCUAUACAGACCCAAAGUACAUCGGCUUUCUGAUGCUCCCAGUCGCGGAGAUGCAUCUAGGCACCUAUCUCCUCAAAGCCACCACCUCGUACUACACAGAAUUGCGCUCCUUCUUCGGCUGCCUCGUCUCCGCCCUCGCCUACCUGCACGAGCACAAAAUUCGCCACAAAGAUAUCAAGCCCACCAAUAUUCUCAUCGAUUACGGCACUGUGCUGUUCGCCGACUUUGGUCUGUCACUAGACUUCAGCGACGCAAGUGGCAGCACUACAGACGGCGCGCUGAACGGGCUCACGGCCCGCUACUGUGCGCCAGAAGUCGCGCAGCAUGAGCCGCGUAACACCGGAUCCGAUAUCUGGAGUCUUGGCGUCGUCUUUCUGGAAAUGCUGGCGGUGUUGAAAGGUAUGAGUUUGGGCGCCGUGGACGAAUUCUUUGAGACACACGGGACACAGCAGAAAUUUGUGCGGACGAAUUUUGGAGCGCUCGCGGAGUUUGUGGAGGAGUUGAGGAUCAGAGGAGCGCUUGUGGACAAUGCAGUGCUGGUGUGGGUGCUGAAGAUGCUAGUGUUGGAGCCGCAAGCGCGACCGACGGCGGAGGCAUUGGUGGCGUGGAUUCACGCCGCCGGGGAGCAUGUGGGUGAUGAGGAAGCGCUCGUAUUUUGCGGGGCAUGUUGCAAUAUCGAAGAUGGGGAUUUCUCCGAUUUGGAGACGGACUUUGGAAAUCUGGCAUGCGACGACUGAAAUGGGACUUGAUCUACUUUAUAGCGAUUGGGCUCUUCCGGGGCAUACAGCAAUACCUUGCCAUGUACAACCAGAAUCGGGUG